AUGGAGAUGGAUCAACUGUUUAAGCUUCUGACGGAGAACCAGGAGGGGCAGCAGGCAGCUGCCCAGCUCCAGCAGCAGCUCAUUCAGCAGCUAGGAGCCCAGCUGCAACAGCUGGUGACGGCGUUACCACAACACGUGGACCCGCAGCCAGGAGACGUGGCUGGGUCACCACGCACCACCGCACCAGUGCGACUAACCAAGACGGGACCUGACGAUGACCCCGAGGCUUUUUUGGUAACAUUUGAAAGGGUGGCACUGUUCGCCGGGUGGGCUCCUGACCAAUGGGCCACUCUUUUAGCCCCCUACCUGACCAGGACUGCCCAAACGGCAUACCGGGGGCUGGCUACGAAAGAGGCAAGGGAUUAUAACCAGGUAAAGGCAGCGAUCCUGGACGCCUUGGAUAUCAGCCCAGAUACCUUUCAGCAGCGGUUCCAAAGCCAGACAUACCCCACAGGCACCAGGCCCCGGCUGGUGGCCCAAGCCCUAAAGGAAGCAUACAGGUGGUGGCUACAGCCGGAGAGGAGGACGGCAGAGGAAGUCACGGAACAAGUCAUUCUAAAACAGUUCGUGCACAUCUCCCGGCCCGAGGACGGGCCUGGGUGCUCCGCCAUUGGCCAGCGACGUUAA